AUGCAGUUCACCAUCGCUACCAUCAUCGCCUUCGCCGCCGCCGCCCAGGCCGGCCCCCUCGCCCGCCGCGACCAGUGCAACGUCGCCCCCUCCGCCGCCUCCAGCGCCAACGUCGCUCCCUUCUCCCAGCCCACCGCCGCCACCGCCGACGCCUGCCAGAAGCUCUGUGAGGCCGACGCCUCUUGCCAGGCCUUCGUCUUCGGCCUCCCCGAGUCCGGCAACACCCCUCUCUGCUGGCUCUACAACGUUCCCGCCGCCCAGAUCCCCACCCAGUCCAACGCCAACCUGAAGGUCUUCGACAAGGCCUGCACCGGCGUCCCUACCGCCGCUCCCACCCAGGCCGACAACGGCUCCAACAACAACAACGGCGGCCAGACCGACGCCAACAACGGCCAGGCCCAGAACCAGGACCAGCAGCCCAAGAAGCGCAACGUCUGCGGCGCCGCUCCCACCGGCCCGGCCACCAGCGCCCCUACUCCCCUCCUCACCCGCGAGGACAUCACCACCCAGGACGCCUGCCUCGCUCUCUGCAAGCAGACCUCCGGCUGCCAGGCUAUCGAGUUCGGCAAGCCCUCCGCCAACGAGCCCGUCCAGUGCCUCCUCUUCAACGUCCCCUCUUCCCAGCUCCCCGCUCCCACCGACGGCCAGACCUUCGUCGCCUUCGACACCGCUUGCUAA